AUGAAAUACGAGGGCACGCGGCACAAUGUGGGCUUCGAGGUGAUAGACGCCGUAGCCAGAGCGGAGGGUAUAAGCCUGAGAGCUAUGCAGUGCAAAGCAGUGGUGGGCAAGGGGCGCAUCGCUGCGUGCCCUGUGCUGCUGGUGAAGCCACAGACGUUCAUGAACCUCAGUGGGGAGAGCAUCUACGAUGACAUGGACCUGGACGUAGCUUCCAUGAAGCUUCUUGCCAAAGGGGGGCAUGGGGGACACAACGGCAUGAAGAGCAUAAUGCAGCACUUUCAGGGCUCUAGAAACUUUCCACGUCUGAGAUUUGGCAUUGGGAGGCCACCAGGACGCAUGGAGGCCAAGGUGUAUGUGCUGCAAAAGUUUUCAGAUAGGGAGAGAGAAGAG